GCACACCCUUAGAAUUGCUCCGAGCGACAAUUUAAAAAAGGUGGAAAAAGAAAGAAAUUGCUUUAACGGGGGCAGAAGAACUUCAUCAUUAAUUGCUGCGGAUAUUCUACUAACAGAAAAAUAAAAAGACAACAAGAUGUUCAUUGGCGCAAAUUACUUGGGGCUUCUAUUGUUGCUGCUGGCAUGCCUAAAACAAGUCCAAGUGAUGGCACAACAGUCUGUCGUACCAGAGACCAAGGGGACAACUUUGUUUCAUGUGACAACUCAGAAUGUGCCCGGAUACAGUACAGAGAAGCCUUGUAAGGAGCUGCACCAUGGGAGAAACAUCAGUUUAAGCAGCAGAAGUCUCAGUGUAUUCCCUCAGUGCCUCCCUAGCGACACAGAAGCUUUGGAUAUGAGCAAUAACAGCCUGACGACCAUCACUCAGCCCAGUUUAUCUAGGUUUUCUCAGCUGCAGUGGCUGGAUCUGAAGGACAACCAAAUCCAGGAUAUUUAUUGUGGGAGUGAUGUUCUAGAAAAUUUGGAAUAUCUGGACCUCAGCUCUAAUAAUUUAUCUGACGUCCCACGGUGUAGCAAACUGCAGAGGCUCAAGUGGUUAUCCCUUGCAAGAAACCCAAUUUCCCAAAUCCAAGAUUUUGCCUUUAGUUAUUUUCCUAGUUUGGUGUUUCUUAACUUAUCUUACACAGAGCUUGGGAAGAGCCCCUCUGGGGACCUCAGUGUUUUCUCCUUUGCUCUGAAAGUGCCAGGGGCACCGGUUAAAUCAUCUAUUGAGACACUUGAUCUUAGCAGUACAUUUCUUAGUGAAGUUGGCCCUUUUUGGACCAGUUACCUCAAAAACCUGAAGGAACUCUAUCUUCGCAGUAUGAGUAACAUAAAAACUCUGGAGAAGAUCCUCACUUUAGAUUUUCCAAGGCUCGAGCUACUAAGCUGUGCACAUUCCAGCGCUCUCGCAUCACUCGAUCAGUCUUUGUUUGAAAAUGGAUCUCAUCUGAAGCAUGUUGACUUGGAGAACUGUAACCUUACUGCCGUACCCCAAUGGAACAUAAGUUCCCCUCAUUUGAGCCUCGUUCUUCUUGGGAAUCCUUUGGCCUGCCGUUGUGAUAUGACCUGGCUUGUGUCUGAGCAGAUAAAUGUAACACUGAUCCGUGCAAAUGAAACACUGUGUAGGCAAGGAGAUGGACUUGAGAUUUCACUCGUACAGUUAAAUGGCGAAUGCCAAAAAAAGCCAACUCCAUACGCCACCGUUAAUAACACACCAACAGCAGCAAAUAGUUUGAAUGACUCGGUCGUCUUCACUUCUACUCCUCUCCAUCUUACUCCUCCUCAUGAAACGUCAACAGUGCCUUUAGACAAAGCGACGAUCACGCAGAAGGUCGAGAAGAACACGGGAAUUAUCACUGUGUUCAAGCAAACAUCUUCCGAUUCCUUUAAUGGGCAGCACCAAAAUCCUGCCACUCAGGCUACUACUGUGCUCUUGGAAGGAACAAAUGUACCCACAACGAGCUUUGGCAAAUCAGAAGCUGCCACAAAAUAUUUUUCUGGCACCUCCCUAAGCAAGGACUCGGGCCUCACCCUACGUACAAGUACAAUAAAUAGCCUUGUUGGUCAGAUAACCCAGCCUCCCCCAACUGUAAGUAAGAAACCCAAUAUCUCUGUUCCCUUAGAACUACCUGAAAUGCAUACAGGGGAUUAUUAUUAUGAUGACACGCAACAAACAACAACAUUAAAAAGCACCAGUAAGCCUUGCGAUUAUAAGCCCUGCAGGCAUCUCCAAACAGAGUGUCAUGAACUUCAGCGCCUGACACCAUGUUUCUGCCCUGGUUUAACAGGGAACAAUGUCCCUCCAGACCCUCCAAUGAUGCAAGGGGCAUCCGAGAUAACAGACACAUCUGCCCAGAUCCACUGGUGUGCACCAAAUUCCAGGGUAGGAAAGUACCAGCUUAUUUACCGUCCUGAGGGAGAUAAGAACCAGACUGUUGUUGACAACAUCUACAUCACAUCAAGAAAAUACACACUUUAUAACCUAUUGCCUGAUACGACUUACCACAUAUGUGCAUUGAGCUUCAAUACAGCAGGAUCAAGCCAACCGCUGAAUGAUGACUCCAGAUUCCCCUGCACAGAAUUUAGAACCAAACCAAGUUAUGUUGGUAUAUUGGCUGCUUUAUGCACAGUGGCUGGAGUAGCGAUGGUCGCCAUAAUUGUAUUAUCUGUCUACUUAUAUAAGGCCUGUAGAAAUAACCUGAUUAAUCAAUAUGAUACCCGCCUUGUUUCCUACAAAAACCCAGCAUUUGAAUACCAGUUAAAUAUCCCAUCAUACAAUUAACACUUGCCACUGUGCUGAAAAUGGUAGUAUCCAGUCCUGUAAUGAGAAUAAUGUUACUGAUGGGUAUAAAGAGACAACCAGGAGGGGCCUGCACAGAGCCUUGACUUCAAGCCAAAUAAACAUCUGUGGGAUAAACUGGAACACCAUUACUCGGAUGGGUUGAACUUGAUGGACAAUGGUCUUUUUUCAACCCUAUGUAACUAUGUAACCAGGCCUGAUCCCCUUUUGGGAGCAUUCCAAAGGGGACCUGUUAGUUGAGCAAAACAAACUUUACUUACACUAUAUAAAUUAUAUAAAUCUUGUUUCCCUCAGUCUUGAAAUUCACAAUCACAGCCAGCAGGCAGCUGCCAUUUUGUAAACACUGUUAUUAAGACAAGCUUUCCAUCAUCCCAAAAUCUUGUUUAUGCUCCACAAUCUGGCACCUGAGGCCCAUAGGAUACAUAAAUGAAAUAACACGGUAUGGAUAGUAAAAAAAACAAUUUGGGUUUCAUGUUUAAUUUGCAAAGGACAUUUUUAUACAGAUUUUUAUGUGUGGGUGACAGGUCCCCUUAAAUUAUAAUCGGCCUGCCCUGAGGCUGCACGAGUCCCUGUAUGGCCUAUGAUAAGGCAUGACGGGGGCUGCUGACAUAAUCAUCUUGUCCUGUAUCAGCAGCUGUGAUUUUGUUAUCCUUUCAUUAUUAGAUACUGUAUUGUGUGUUUUCAUUCUGUAAAUUUUUGUAAAAACUGCAGAACAAUAUUUGUCUUCUGGAAACCAGAGAUCCCCCCAGAAUUCAAAUGGCGAUGCUUGAAUGUUUCCUUUCUUGAGAAAAUGCUACACAGAGAAGGUUAAAUUAUAAAGUUUGUGCUGUUUGUGAGUUCCAUAUGCUUCACUGUUUAUUUAAACAUCUCCCAAUGCGCCGUGAAAAAAAAUAAAAUAGCAAUUUCAUACA